GGAAAAGUUGGGUAGUUUCAUUCCGCGAUUGUAUCAGGGAUGAAGUAUGGAUUAUGUAUUCAUAUGGGAUUGAAAUCAGCAAUUUUAUUCAUAAUCUUCUCAUAUCUAAGAACCCUAGGAUUUACUUUACUGUCACUUCCCUUUUUAUAUGCAUCUUUUAUAUCAUUUCUUGUUUCAAUCGCUUCACACCCCUCAAUCAAUUUCCCAAUCCUCUUGGGGAAAAACACAGAUGGGUCUUUCCCAAUUUGGUCUCGAAUCAUAUUCAGCCCUUACUUGUAUUAUGUCCGAUUGAUUGCAUCACUGAAAAGGUUGAAAAGAAGAGAACCCCCUUACAAUCAGGUGUCUGAUGGUUUGUAUGUUGGUGGGUGGCCUUCUUCGCCGGAAAAAAUCCCCUCCGGUGACCCUGCUAUCAUAGAUUGCACCUGUGAAUUUCCUAGGGUUUUUGAUAUUUCCGGCAAUGGGUAUUUGUGUAUUCCGACGUGGGAUACAAGCUCGCCUGAUCCAGAUGCUAUUGAAUCAGCUGUUUUGUGGGGUUGUAGAAAGAGAGCUCAGAAUACCCCUGUUUUCAUUCAUUGUGCUUCUGGUCAUGGAAGAAGUGUGGCAGUGAUGUGUGGUUUAUUGGUGGCUUUGGGUGUCGUCGAUAGCCUGCAAGCUGCGGAGGACUUGAUCAGAGAAAAACGACCGAGUGCGCGAAUAAGAGAUCACCACCGCACCACCUUACAACAAUGGUCAAACAACCGGUUGUUUCCUCCUCUAAAACCAGACUCAAUGCACCUUCUUCAUUAGCUACAUUACAAAUUGGGUAAGUUGGUGGUAAUGUUUGAUUUGUGGUGGAGAUGUUGGAAGCCUAAAUAUGGCCAAAAAAAAAUGAACCCAACUAACCAUGAGGUUGUGGUGCAUUGGUUGAGAUCCUGGGGGAUAUGGUGGAAUAUUUCAUAUGUUCAGGUCUGACUCCAAGCGUGAAUAACAAUUAUGGUUAUUAAGUUUAUAAGGUUGAUUUAGUACUGUCGCAAUUUGUCGGUAUUGAUUCAGGCUAUGAGUGGAGCACUCAAAAAAUGAGCCCAACCACCAAAGCAUUUAGAAGUUUUCACUAAAUUAUUGUAAAUGC